AUGAGGCAACACCAUAUUAGUUUUUCGAGUGCUGGUAAUGAUGUUGCAACUACUAUUUUGCCAGCUUUAAGUGGGAAGUUUGACAUGUUGAAAAUGAGGGAACUUAUCGCCCAUUGGGUGCUCAUGCAUGAGCAUCCAUUUACAAUUGUGGAGGAAGAGGGCUUGAACAAUAUGAUGAAGUUUUGGAUUCCUGAAUGGACUUCAGUUUCCCGUCAUACUUGUAAAAAAGAUUGUAUGAAGGUAUAUGAAAGUGAGAAGGCCAAAUUGAAGAAUGUGACAAAAGUCAGUUUGACUAUAGACUUAUGGAAUUCAGGAAAUCAAAAGAUGGAGUAUAUGGUGUUGACUGGGCAUUGGAUAGAUAGUACUAGGAGGCUGAAUAGACAUAUCCUCAACUUUGUUCAUCUACCUCCUCCCCGGACUGGUAUUGAGAUUGCGGACGACAUUUUUAAGUGCCUAAUGGGAUGGGGAAUUGAAAGUAAGGUAUAUACUAUUUCUGUGGAUUAUGCUUCAAGUAAUGAUGUUGCGAUUAAGGCUUUGAAGGAAAAUUUUGAAGUUUUGGAGAAACUCCUUUGUGGAGAUGGACUUUAUCAAAUUAGGCACAUCAUUGAUGACAUCCAUGAGAGUGUGUUCUAUAUCAACAGUUCAGAAAGUAGGCUUAAGGUAUUUUAUGAGAUUAUCCAACAACUUAAAUUGCCGUAUUGGAAACUUAUUCUCCAUUGUAAAACAAGGUGGAAUUAUGCCUAUGAAAUGUUGGCAACAACAAUUAAGUUCAAAAAGGUAUUUCCAAGAUUGAAAGAGAGGGAUACAAGUUAUCAUAAUAAUCCGAGUGACGAGGAUUGGGAGAAAGUCUACAACAUUUUAAAAGUAUUCAGUGGUUCAACCAAACUCAUUUCAGGAAGUGAUUAUCAAACGUCUAAUUUAUUCUUGAAAGAGGUGUGUGUAGUGAAAUGUAUGCUGGAUGGUAAAAGUGAAUCUGAAGAUGAUUUUAUUAGAGUAAUGGUUAGGAAAGUGAAAGAGAAAUUCAAUAAAUAUUGGGGGGAAUGUAAUGUGUUGAUGUCUGUGGCUGCUAUAUUAGAUCCUCGGUUGAAAAUGAGGGUUAUUCAGUGGGCAUUCCCUAAGAUGUAUUCUGAGGCAGUGGCGCGGGCAAAUAUGAUGACUGUCCGGGAUGCAUUGUAUGAUUUAUAUGAGGAGUAUGUUUAA